AUGUCCGCCAGCACGCCUGCAGAAGGGGAGCAGGGCGCUGCGCUGCCGUUGCCGACGCCCUUUGCUGCUUCCGCCGACGCCCAGCCGCCCCAGCCCUGGCACGAGGCACUGGAUGGCGCCUCGUCCUUGCUGUCCCCAAUCUCUUCCGCGGCCUAUGGGCGCUCGGUGUCUUUCACUGCCAAGGGCAGCCUGCUCGCCCAUGCCGGCGGCGGCGCGGCGGAGGAGGCUGCCACCAGCGGCUCUUCCGCCGUCGUGGGCGAGGCUCGCAACCUCUGCCGCCUCGCGCUGCCGCUCUCUGUUGCCAACCUGACUGGCUACCUGAUCGGCACCAUUGCCCUAGGCAUCGCCGGGAGGCUCGGGCAGUUUGAGCUGAGUGCCAUCAUCCUUGGCACGAGCAUAUUCAAUGUGACGGGCCUCUCCCUGCUCAUGGGCUUCGCCUCCGCCAUGGAAACCUUCUGUGGGCAGGCUGUUGGCGCCGGCAACUUCCGCAUGGUGGGCAUCGUCUUCCAGCGCGCCAUCCUGCUGACCACCAUUGUGGCCGUUGUGGUGGCCAUGGUGUGGACUCAAGUGGAGAGCAUCUUGCUGGUGUUCAGGCAGGACCCGCUGCUGAGCCGGGCCGCAGCUCGCUACAUCCAGAUGUCGAUCCCGGCGCUGUGGUGCACAGGCAUGUACGAAGUGGGGAAGCGGUACCUCAUGGCGCAGGGCAUCGUGCGCCCCGCGUCGGCUGUGACGCUGGUGGGCCUGGCGCUGGUGCCCCUCUACUGCUGGCUCUUCAUCUUCAAGCUGGGGCUGGGCCUGGAUGGCGCCGCCAUCGCCGUGGAUGCCACGCAGGCCUCCAUGGCGGCGCUGCUGGGUGCCUACAUCAUGGUGCGGGAUGGGCACCAGCGUGGGCAGGCUUACGCCACGUGGCACGGCUGGAGCAUGGAGGCGCUGGAGGGCUGGGUGACCUACAUGAGGCAAGGGCAUCAGCCUACACACCCAUACGUUGUGCUCAUCCGAGAGUUCUGGCUGCCGUUUGCCCUGCCCAGCGUUGUCAUGGUCUGUGUAGAGUGGUGGACGUUUGAGGCUUUAAUAAUCAUGAGCGGGCUGCUCCCCGACCCGGGCCUCACAGUGGCCGUGAUGGGCAUCUGCAUCCAGUCCUCUGGCCUGAUCUGGAUGUUUGUCUCCGGCUUCUCCAUGGCCACCAGCACCCGCGUCUCCAACAGCCUGGGCGCGGGGCGCCCCAAGGCGGCGCGCCUGGUCACGUGGACGGGCGGCGCCAUUGGCGUGGGCCUGGAGCUGGCCUUCAUGGCGGCAGUCGUGCUGCUGCGCCACCACUGGGCCUUCCUCUUCACCGAUGCCCAGCCCGUCAUCGACCUCACCGCUUCGCUGCUCCCGGUCUUUGCGCUGUCUCUUCCCGGCGACGGGGCAAACAUUGUGCUGCAAGGGCUGCUAAGGGGGAGCGGGCGGCAGGAGACAGGGGCAAUCACCAACCUGAUGAGCUACUGGAUCCUGGGGAUCCCUCUGGCUGCCUACUUGGCCUUCAAGCAGCAGCUUGGACUGUAUGGACUGUGGUGGGGGAUUGUGAUCACCAACUGCUUUCAGGGGACCGUGAUGGUGGUCAUUGCCCUGAGGUUCAACUAUCGGCUCGAGGCAGCCAAGGCCGUCGCUCGCUCACAGGCGCACCACCCCCCAGCCGGCGCCCCCGGCUCAGAUGCCGGUGGGGAUGGCGGCGGCGACAGCAGCGCCCUGAGGGAGCCCCUGCUGGGCGAGAGGCUGGAGCAGGGGCUGCUAGCACCAUCGGCCGAUGCAUAG